CUCGGCUUUUCCGCCUGCAUCGCAGCGGCCGUCAUUCGGAGCGGCGCUGUCCGCUCUCAGGGUGCGUGGGCCUCGUCUUGCUCCUGCGCCCGGCCGGCUACCGACGCCGCUCUACCAUCGAGAGAAGAUGGUGGGCCGGAACAGCGCCAUCGCCGCCGGUGUGUGCGGGGCCCUCUUCAUCGGGUACUGCAUUUACUUUGACCGCAAGAGACGGAGUGACCCCAACUUCAAGAACAGGCUGCGAGAACGAAGAAAGAAACAGAAGCUUGCCAAGGAGAGAGCAGGACUUUCCAAGUUACCUGACCUUAAAGACGCUGAUGCUGUUCAGAAAUUCUUCCUUGAAGAAAUACAGCUUGGUGAAGAGUUAUUAGCCCAAGGUGAAUAUGAGAAGGGUGUAGACCAUCUGACAAAUGCCAUUGCUGUGUGCGGACAGCCACAGCAGUUACUGCAAGUGUUACAGCAAACUCUUCCACCGCCAGUGUUCCAGAUGCUUCUGACUAAGCUUCCAACAAUUAGUCAGAGAAUCGUAAGUGCUCAGAGCUUGGCUGAAGAUGAUGUGGAAUGAAAAGCAAAUUUCAGCGUAAUAAUAUCAAUUAAAAAUAUUUUUAAAAUCCUAACUUGGAAGAUGAGCAGCUGUGGGGGAAUAAGGGCACAUAUGCUUGCUAUGGACCGUCCUGCACUGAAAUCUGCCAAAGUUAAUUUUUACUUUGUGUAGAUCCAUUUGUCUGUUUUAUUUAUUUUUCCCAGUGAAGAGUGUAUUUUGAUAGAGAGCUUUUCAUUUUAUAAAUACACUAUGAGUUACUGAAAUAUCAUGGAUUUUGUUUAUUCCUAAAAUAUGUAAUUAAAAUGUACAUAUAACAUCAUAUUACAUAAAUCAAAAGUAUCCAGUGCUCAGUUACGAAAGGCAAAAAAAGCGAAGGGGAAGCUGAAGAAUGCAGUUUUUAAGCUAAUACAUUUUGCUGCACAUCAGAAAAUUGGAUUGAAACGUGAUUGUGUUGAUCAAAACUGAGUAUUAAAAUCUUUGAGAUCAUUUAUUUGCAUUUAAUCUCUUAAAUAUGUGAGAUGAGCUGCUGUGUUGUAUUAACGACCCCCUCCCCCCCAAUCCUGUGUAUCAGUCUUGAAACGUUUUGUUUAAAUCAGUGGCUUAGUGUGUUCUAGAUAUUUAACUCCUGGUGUUUUAGAUGAUACGUAGCUGCGGAUCGCACCGGGAACUAGACCCGUGUGCCUCUAAUCUCGCUGCGAGCUUCGCCCGUUAUUGCCUGCCCGCUCUCCUCGUCUCUGAGAUGAGGGAACUGGUCGCCGAUGCAGAGACGUGUCCCUUCAGCCUCGCAUUUAUUUGGUUCUGUUCGGCAUCAUCAGAUCCACCUUCUCCUGCGGUGUGUGUUUGGGCAGCCAGGCCUUGCAAUGUUUUUGUCUCUGAAUUUUGCAUGCUCGCCUGACUUAGUGUUUCUGAAUCGAUCUCUUGUUUUAAGGUAUAACGUGUUGAUUUUCACUGAAAUCAUAAUGGUCUGUCACUACUCUUGUAAAUUAAUAUGAAACUUCACCUUUAAGGUAACUGGGAUGAAAUGCUUAUUAAAAUGUUUCUCGCUUUUA